AUGAAGCAGUAUCUCCAGUACCUCGCGGCGGCUUUGCCGCUGAUGAGCCUCGUCUCUGCUCAGGGCGUCGGCACUAGCACAUCCGAGACUCACCCUAAGAUCACCUGGAAGAAGUGUUCGAGCGGCGGAUCUUGCUCGACCGUCAACGCCGAGGUCGUCAUCGACGCCAACUGGCGCUGGCUGCACAAUGCCGACUCAAAGAACUGCUACGACGGCAACGAGUGGACUGACGCCUGCACCUCGAGCGACGACUGCACCUCCAAGUGCGUGCUUGAGGGCGCCGAGUACGGCAAGACGUACGGUGCCUCGACCAGCGGCGACUCCCUAUCUCUCAAGUUCCUCACCAAGCACGAGUACGGCACCAACAUUGGCUCGCGCUUCUACCUCAUGAACGGCGCGUCCAAGUAUCAGAUGUUCACCCUCAUGAACAACGAGUUCGCCUUUGACGUCGACCUCUCUACCGUCGAAUGCGGUCUCAACAGCGCUCUGUACUUCGUUGCUAUGGAGGAGGAUGGUGGCAUGGCUAGCUAUUCUACCAACAAGGCCGGCGCCAAAUACGGCACUGGGUACUGUGACGCCCAAUGCGCCCGUGAUCUCAAGUUUGUCGGCGGCAAGGCCAACUACGAUGGAUGGACGCCGUCCAGCAACGACGCCAAUGCCGGUGUCGGCGCCCUCGGCGGUUGCUGCGCCGAGAUCGAUGUCUGGGAGUCCAACGCGCACGCUUUUGCCUUCACGCCGCACGCGUGUGAGAACAACAACUACCACGUCUGCGAGGACACUACCUGCGGUGGUACCUACUCGGAGGACCGCUUUGCGGGCGACUGCGACGCUAACGGAUGCGACUACAACCCUUACCGCGUGGGCAACACUGACUUCUAUGGCAAGGGCAUGACCGUGGACACCAGCAAGAAGUUCACUGUCGUGAGCCAAUUCCAGGAGAACAAGCUCACUCAAUUCUUCGUCCAGAAUGGCAAGAAGAUUGAGAUCCCCGGUCCCAAGCACGAAGGUCUCCCCACAGAGAGCAGCGACAUCACUCCUGAGCUGUGCAGCGCCAUGCCUGAGGUCUUUGGUGACCGCGACCGCUUUGCUGAGGUUGGCGGCUUCGAUGCGCUGAACAAGGCUCUUGCCGUCCCCAUGGUGCUCGUUAUGUCCAUCUGGGAUGAUCACUACGCCAACAUGCUUUGGCUCGACUCCAGCUACCCCCCUGAGAAGGCUGGCACCCCCGGUGGCGACCGUGGCCCCUGUGCCCAGGACUCCGGUGUCCCGUCCGAGGUUGAGUCCCAGUACCCCGAUGCCACCGUCGUUUGGUCCAACAUCCGCUUCGGCCCCAUCGGCUCGACCGUCCAGGUUUAA